GGGAAGCUCGGUCGAGGGAACAGUACGCGAACCUACUCAGUAGCGAUUCGAAGUCGGUCGCGUGAAGUAAAUGUUGUUUGUUAUGUAAUGCGUACCGUGUAUCCCAAUUUCUUCAUUUUUCUCUGUAUCCUGGUGUGUUGUGUUCCUUGCAAACCGGAUGAGAAUUGUGUGUCGAAGGAGUACGCUUUCAGGAGCUGCCAAAUGGCUCCGUUGACGUGCGCUUUCAUUGUUCCUUCACUACGGAUAUAAGGAAGUGUACGGGAAAAAAAGUGUUUGCACGGUUCGUCUCGGGGGUUUUGUUUUGUCAGUCCUCGGUGGACUGUCGCCAAGUGAUCAUAGUGUUGUACGUUCGAAGCAGAGCCGUGCGAAGAAAGGGGGCGAACAUCUUUCUAAGAUGCUGACUUCCAGCGCGAAUCAGUACCUCCGACCGGAAUACCUCACGCCUCUGCCUACUACGCUGGACGCAAAGAAGAGCCCCCUUGCCCUCCUGGCCCAGACUUGCAGUCAAAUAGGAGCAGACACGCCGUCCAACAAAUCUCUCUUAGGCUCCUUGGAGAAACAGUCGAGCGGGAAAUCGUCAAAGACCGCGGAGCAAUCGCGCGAAAAAUCGUCGCCGAUCGCGCCAACGUCCACGGAGUCCGCCAAGGCUAACUUUAAGCCGUACGAGUCGUGUUUGGGUCGCGAGAAAGCGGCGAGCCCGGACGAGCAGCGUUCAGCCUCUAGUCACUCGACGUCUGGCAGAUCGAGGACACCCGGUAGCGGCAACAAACGAUGCCCGAGUAACCAAAGCGCCUCGUCGAUCCAAGCAGCGACGCCGCAGGGUCAAAAGACAGCGACGCCCAACUGCGACGUCGCCCGAGAGUCCCCUCCGUCCAGGUCCUCGGUGGCAAACAUGUCGUCGGGUCAACUCGAAUCGAAUUCGUCGCAACCGUCCGUUGUUAGCCCCGUCGGGGUACUAGCUAUGACGGAUCCAUCGAUCAAGGAUCUUCCGCUGGGUACCUUCAAGCCUGGAGUCAGUUUAGCGUCCUCAACCUACCUAAGUUACAAUCCUCAGUUGCCCAUCGACGUGAUGGCGAGUUCGUUAGUGUCUCAGCACCACGCCGCGUUGAAGAGCGGCCUGGUGGCCGGGAAUCCCUAUCUGAGCUACGCGAGAUUGAAAAAUUCCGCUGGCCCGGACACUUUGAUGCCCGUGUGCAGGGACCCGUACUGCACCGGGUGCCAACUCAACUCCCAUUUGCUGGUGAGUUCCGCAAACGCGGCGGUCGCAAACGGGAAGCUGGCCUCCAACACGGCUGGCUCUUGCCCCGCGGGCUGUGCUCAGUGCGAUCACAAGUCUAGUACGCCGUACGGGGCGCUAGGUGUCGCCGCCUACGCCCACGCACAGUUGGCUGCCCUGGCGGCGGCCUCGCAACUCCCCUAUGUUUGCAACUGGAUCGCCGGGGACACCGCUUACUGCGGCAAAAGGUUCUCCACGUCGGACGAGCUGCUCCAGCAUCUCAGGAGCCACACGAGCGGAGCCACAGACACCUCGACGACGUUGUCCCUCCUGUCGCCCUCUGUCGGACUCCCACCAACCCAUCCCUUGUUCUCCAGAACUUAUCCUACGCCGCCACUGAGUCCCCUGGCUACCGCGCGCUACCACCCGUACGGUAAACCGUCGCCAUUGUUACCACAUUCUCUGUCGUCGCUGGGUUUACCCCUUCCACCGCCGCAUCCUCACUCACCCGCCAGUUUGCCACCGUAUUUCUCCCCGUACUCGCUGUACGGGGUCCCCCGUCUCGGCGCUGCGUCCGGAAUGCCCCAAUGAGCACUCGAACCUCGCUGAUUAGACGCGUAAAGAAAAAUAUCAACCGUUUAACUGUGAUCCAUGUAUGAAUUAUGAGGGUGUGUUUGAUACAAUAAAUUUCGACGGCUGUUCCUCCGAAUGGGUCAGAGGGCAGGGGGGACGGAUGGCGAAUAUUAAAUUUUAGCUUCGGGGAUUUCAUAGUUAGGUUUGGCUACGUCUUUCGUUAGAAUACAUAUUCGGGUUGGAUUAAAAUUUUAUGUAAAAUGGGCGAACUUAUUUUCCAUAGGACAGCUUAUAGACAUUGCUUGCCAGUGCACGCGUAACUGUCGCACUUUUUGCACGUACAACUGUCAUCCUCCGAUUCCUAGAAUUGUUUCGAGUCGGGAAGUCCCCGCGUUGUCGCAAAUGAACUACAUACUCAUAUUUCAUUGAAGUAAAAAUAAUAAAAUUUGUAUACUUCUCAAUUUUAUAAACCAGCUUUAACCCCCGAAUGACGGAUGCUUACACUUAUUACUUACAGUUCUUGAGCGAGGAACUCGAAAUGGUCGCGUAUGCGCCGUACGAGGGUUGAAUCGCAAUUUCCGCAAAAAUAUACGCGUUCUAUGGCAUAAUUCCUCCCUGUUAUGGUUCUUCGUGAGUUUUUGUUUCUCGAUAGGACGAUUAUUUUCGAUUAAAAAUUAUUUCCCGACCCAUGAACCGGAAACAUUCGGCUUCUGGCUCGCCGCGUCCAACGUGCCACUUAAUAUUGAAAAAUAAAACUAACGAGUGCCACGGGUAACGUUGAAAAACCAAUGUUCAACUGUGAUUUCCGAGUGAGAAAAAUACUAACGCGCGUGAGUGAAAUCUAUUGCGCUUCCGCUAUAGAGAAUUAUUGUAUGUAUAUACGUGUAUGGGUGAUUUUAGAAUUUAUCGAUACAUACGCGAUCACGGAGUUUUAUUCGACACAACGAAUAACGGACGGCUAUUUUUAACGUAGACGAGUCCGCACAGAAUCUUCACAGCGACGAAAUAAAAUUAUUGUCACGUCCUUUAUCACGAUAUUAUUAUUUUUUAGUGCAUCGAUCGAAGCAUAAAACACACGUACACUUUAGCCAUAUUGCGUAGAAUUUUAUUAUUAAUAUUGACCACGAUUUAUGGUUCACGCUUUGCGCACAUUUCAAAUUUACCGCCAUAAUUAUACCAACCUUGGAUACGCCAUGUUUAUUCCUCUUCACAGUUAAAACUAUUCGAAUUGUUGCUCACUCUUAGUCGACAAGAAUACAAAUAUUACAAACUUUCCCAUUGUCUUGAAAACAGAAAAUUUGAUAUAAAAUAACCCACAUUGUUCUGGUUUUUUUUUUUGUAAUGCAAUAACGACAAAUAAACAAUUCUAAGUUAAGGAAUUAUAAUUACUUAUUCGUGCUUCUUAUUGAAAUGCCCGUGAUGACCUAAAUUAUGCUACAAUUCGAGAUUUAUAAUAGUUAACAUCUUGAAAACUAAAAGUAUUAUUCUAUAUUUUUU